AUGGCCGUGAAAAUGAAUGAUGGCCGCUCAGCACAGCCAACAUGGAGAGCUAGCCCUCAGGGUGAUCGCCCAUACAUGUGUGUCCUGAGGAUUGUGUUGCUGGGGAAAAGUGUGUUGGAAAAUAGAAGAGUGGGAAACUUCAUCCUGGGAAAAGCUGCAUUUGAUGUAAAAGCCACUACAGCACUGGUUGAACAGCACAGUGAAAAAGUCAGAGGACAUGUGCAGGGACGACCCAUCACAGUCAUCAACACUCCUGACUUGUUUCAUCCUCAACUCUCACAUCAUCAGCUCUCAGUGGCAGUGAAAGAGUGUGUGUCCCUGUCUGCUCCAGGACCUCAUGUAUUUAUACUGGUGCUACAGCCUGACAACUUCACAGAGGAGGACAGACACCAUGUGACAGCCAUAAUGAACAAAUUCGGUACUGAAACAAUGAACUACACCAUUGUGCUGACUAUAGGAAAAAGUCCAAUACAUGCCAGAGCAUGGGAUAUGAAUAAGAGUGGCCCAGUUCAGGCAAUCAUCAGAUCCUGCAGCAUGAGACAUCACAUAUUCAUCAACCUUUACGGAUUUGACCGGCAUCAGGUCCUACAGCUCAUAGAGAAGAUAGACCAGAUGCUGGAGGAGAAUGGUGGCCAUUAUUUUUCCUAUCUGCAGCGCUGUGAUUUCACAGUGGCACUGAUUGGGAGUAAUGCUGCUGUCAAGUAUGGAGGAGAAAACAUUCUACUGGGCGAAGAGGAACUUUAUCUGGACCAGUCUGAUCUCAGACAGAUCACACCCAGAACUAGAGAGGUGUCUGGACGCCAUGUGUCAAUGAUCAACAUGCUAGGGCUGCAUGAACUUCCCCAGCAGUCGACUGACACUCACAUCAGCCACUUACUGACCACGAAAAUCCAUGUCUUCCUCUAUGUCUUACCCUUAGGCCUGCUCACAGAUGAGGAUAAGAUGGGCCUGGACUGGCUACAGAGAACAUUUGGUGAAAAGUCUCUGGACUUUGUGAUGAUCCUCUUCACCUAUGAGACUGAAGAUCAGUGUGACUCAGUCAUAGAUGAUCUGAAGAAAAACAGUGUUCUGGAGCAGAUAGUUCAGAAAUGUGGAGGCAGAUAUUACACCUGUGAUAAGAGACUAAACCACCAAUCAGAGAUGAGAACACUGCUGGAGAAGAUUAACAGUCUAGUCUCUGAAAACAAAGGCAAUUAUACGAUUGAGAUGUUUCAAAAGGAGCUGAAAAAAAGGCAACAGAUGAAACUAAACAGUCAGAACCAGAAAGUACAUUUGGAGGUCAGGACCACCUCAGGGGCAAGAAGAGAGAAGGACAAUGAAGAGGACAAAACGUCAGAAAUAGAGGAUCUCAUGAACAGGCUUCAUCUUAAGAAACAUCUUCAACAUAAACUGACCACUGCAGAUGUUAUGGAAAUAAACAGAUUCUCACUGAAGUUAAAGGAUCCACAGACAGAGACAGAGCUGGUUAAUAUAUUCCUACAGGAACUGCUGACAAUGAACUACAGGGCAAGAUACACGGUCGUCAGAGAACAAAUCGCUCAAAUGGAUCAAACAAAACUAAGCACAGAGAAUGAGUAUGAGGAAGAGAGAGAUGAAGGUGACUUUGAUGCUCUAAUUUAUGGGGAGACUGUGGUAAAUGAUGAAAAAGAGGAAAAAUCCCAUAUCCACCCCAUGGAUGUUCAGAUGGCAGUGUUUCACUGUGCUGACAGGUUCCUCCAGCAGUUCAUGGUGACUAAACUGUCACAGUGUCAGUAUGCCCUGCCUCUGCUUGUGCCCAAUCCCUUCAGACAACAGAUUGAGUUUCCUCUGUGGACAUUUCGCCAGAUCAAGAAGAGCUGGAAGUCCACUGAUAUUUCUGGUAAAGUCACCAGCAAAACUGAGCCAGUCUACAUAGUAGAAGCCCCAAUGGUGUCAUUCUUCAGGUUUGGCUCUUUAUCUUCAUCCAAAUCUCAACUGAUGAACAGUCUGAUAAAUGAAAAACACAACACAUUCUUUCACAGGCACUGCCCUGGCAGCAGUAAGACACGCCUUCUGAUGGAUGGAGUUGUUGAGAUUGCCUGGUAUUGUCCCUCUGGAAAAGACACUGAUCAUUUUAAAGACUGUGUUGCAUUAUGUAAUCUCCGUGGAGAUGCAGUAACAAAUGAGAAACAGGUGGAGAUCCUGACCAAAAAUGCCACAGUGAAUGUCACCCUCUCAACCAGUCUUGAUAAAGACACAAAAGUAAAAAGUUUAGUUCAAAAACUCUUCAACUCCCCCACACCCCUUAUUUGCCUUCUCAGUGAAGAGAACUCCCCUCUAAAGAGGAUUCGAACAGGAAAGUACAGACUGGGACUGAAAGAUAGAAACCACGCUGAUGUGUCUGCAGAACUAAGAAGAGCCAUCAGAGAGUGUCUGUCAAUCUCACCUCGCACUUUUAAACUGGAGGAAUUGGUUAAAAACACACAGAUCACAGUAGAUGAAGAGAGUGGAGACUGUAAGAGAGGGAAGGAAGCUGCACUCCAGGUAAUGAACCUACUGAAGGGAGAGGAACUGUCCACAAUAAAACAGACAUAUCUGCCCUGUCAGGGUGAACUGUGGCAUGACUGGUGUCAGAAGAACAAAGAACUACAUCGACUUCAGGGAACAAACGUAGAGGCCACCAAGAGUAACACACAAGAGCAAAUGAGACAAGUAAGAGAGCAGCAGAGGGCCUCUGGCUUCAGUGAGCUUUUGAAACUAUUUGUCGGAAGUUUGCAGUCCUUGCUGGCUAAUGAGAAAAGAUUCUUUCUGAAAUGGUUCAGGAUCCUGUUGGAUGAUCUGAUCUCAGACAAACUUUCACAUCUACGUCAUCACUCUGAACAAGCACAGCUUGAAAUCAUUUCCAGUGAACUUAAUGCAGCAACAUGUGGUGUUGAACACAUCUUUAGAGAAAUGGGUCAGAUCUAUGAGGCCUGGGCAUCCGUCAAAAACACAAAAACAGACAGGAAUGAUAAAAACAUAUCUUCCCUUCCUGAUUUAGCUGCAGAACUCAUGAUAUCUGGACACCCAAUGGAGCUGAUGGAUGGUGAUGCUGCUCAUGUUCCUUUAAUCUGGGUCACUGCUGUUCUAGAUGAGGUCAUCAAGAGACUGGGAGAACAGAGAGUCUUUGUGCUGUCAGUUUUAGGUCUCCAGAGCACUGGGAAAUCCACAAUGCUGAAUGCCAUGUUUGGACUCCAGUUUGCAGUCAGUGCUGGCAGGUGCACCAGAGGAGCUUUCAUGCAGCUGGUCAGAGUCACAGAGGAGAUGAAGAAAGACCUGAAAUUUGACUAUAUUCUAGUUGUUGAUACUGAGGGACUUAGAGCUCUGGAACUGGCUGGGAGAUCAACACAACACCAUGACAAUGAACUGGCCACAUUUGUUGUUGGUCUUGGAAAUAUGACAUUGAUCAAUAUCUUUGGAGAGAACCCUGCUGAGAUGCAGGACAUCCUUCAGAUUGUUGUUCAGGCCUUCCUGAGGAUGAAGAAGGUCAGACUGUCUCCCAGCUGUGUGUUUGUUCAUCAGAAUGUUGGAGACAUCACAGCUGGAGAUAAAACCAUGGAAGGAAGGAGAUGUCUACAGGAGAAACUGGACCAGAUGACGAAGUUAGCUGCUAAAGAAGAAGUCUGUGAUGUAGGAUAUUUUAAUGAUGUAAUUUCCUUUGAUGUACAGACAGAUGUGAAGUACUUUGAUCAGCUGUGGGAAGGUAGCCCACCCAUGGCUCCACCAAACCCAUCUUACAGUGAGAAUGUGCAGAACCUGAAGAAAACUAUUCUCUCCCAGGCCUCCCGCUCAAAUGGUGUUACAUUAACUCAUUUUAAAACACGUAUCCAAAAUCUGUGGGAGGCACUGCUGAAUGAAAAUUUUGUUUUUAGUUUCAAAAACACACAUGAAAUUUCUGUGUACAGGAAACUAGAGGAAGAACAUGGGAAAUGGGCCUGGAGUCUCAGGAGUGCCAUGUUGAAAGUGGAAGACAAACUGCACACUAGAAUAAAAAACAAAAAUAUAAAUCAAGUCCUGGAGGAAGACCUUGCGGGUGAAAUGGCAGAGACAUUUCAGGCAGUAGAACACUCAAUGAAUCAGUAUUUUGAAGAGGAUUUUGAAAAGGACAUUUUGAUUCAGUGGAGGAAGAAAUUUGAAGAAAAAACCAGAGUGCUACAUACAGAGCUAUUGAGAGAGGCAAAAAGAAAGAUGGAUGAUAUAAUCAAUCAGAGAGAAGCUCACAAAAAACUGGAUGAGAAGAAGACUCUGUAUGAGGGGAAACUGUUAGAAAAGAGCAAAGAGCUGGCAUUAAAAUUUAAACACAAGGCCAAUGAUGAGAAUGAACUAAAGAGAGAAUUUGACUUAGUGUGGAGAACGUGGGUUUCAGAGUUGACUAAAGACACUCCCCCAAUCCAAGACAUUGACAUAUCAAAGGAUGUGACGCAAAUCCUCACUGAUAUCAGUGACUGGACUUAUAUGCAAGAAAGCAAGAGAAAUGAAAACUACAAAACUAUACAAUCUGUGAGUGACUUUUCCGACUAUGUAACCAUGAUCAAAAAGCAUAAAUUGUCAGUUUGGACGAACAGAUUAAAUCCAGAUGACCAACAUUCCAUAAGGGAGUUUGUCGGCAAAAUCAUUGAUCUUACAAAUGACUUUGCAAAGACAAAACCAGUUGCAGAGAUGGGCUACAAUUCGAGCUACAUUCGAGAGAUAGUACACAUUGUCAAGAGCCACAUCAAGGAGCGAAACUCAAAGUCAACAAAAUAUUUAUUAAAUAAGGAGUUCACUGUGGAUCUCUCACUCUUUGUGUGUGAAAGUGUCAGUAACAUAUUUGGUGAGCUCCACAAGGUCUUCAGAGAGGCAAAUGACCCAUUUAUUUAUCUAGAAAAGAGGAAACCAGAGUUCUACAGUAUCUUCCAGAAGUACUGUCAAGGAGCAACAUCUACAGCAGUUUUUGGCAGUUUAAUCUGUAGUGGACUGAGAGGUCCAAUCCUGCAGAGUGUGUACAAUAAGACUGCCACUGAUUUAGCUGGAGAAAUCAAGGUUAAUGUCCCAGCAUUCAGUGGGAACCGGUCUAACAUGGAGAAACACAUUCUGAGGUCGCUUGCUGAAGAAGAGAACUUUGACAAAUACAUGAUGUACAUUGAGGACCCAAGGCAACACUUUGAGCAUUUCAUUAAAGAUGGAGUUAGUGGCUACAUCAGUAGGGAUAAUCCCAAAGCCCUCACCAUGAUUAAAGGCCACAUUAAACACAAACAGCAAUGCAUAAUCACUGCAGCACAGACAGCAACAGCUCAAGUCAAACGGAAGAAAGGAGAUGCCAACAUGUGGCUGACGAGUUUUUCAGACAGUUUCUCUGCUGAGGUUAUAUACAGUACUUAUCACCUCAGUGGUCAGAACUGUCAGGACAUCACUGACUUUGACCUUCUGGAGGAGGUGGUGAAAAGAGAAAUCAACACAGUGAUUGAAGAGCUGAACAGCAGCUUCACCCGUCUGUCUGAUCUCAAAAUGAACAUGUUCAGGAGGAGGCCUGAUGAGAUUCUGAUCAAACACUUCUGUCAGUGCUGCUGGGUGCAGUGUCCCUUCUGUAAAGCCGUCUGUACCAACACUAUAGAGGGACACACAGAGGAUCACAGUGUCCCUUUCCAUCGCCCAGUUGGAAUAAAUGGGAAUUAUUAUGCGAACACAUCUGAUAUUUUCAUUGACUUUUGCACAACUGCAGUAGCAAGUAAUCGGGAGUUCCACACAUCACCUGAGUCAAAUGAAGAAUUUCUUUUCAAAAAAUACAGAGAUGCAGGUCCACCAUACUCUGACUGGAGCAUCACCCCUGACUUCUCUGACCUGCCAUAUUGGAAGUGGUUUAUUUGUCGGUUCCAGGCUGAUCUGGAAAAGUGCUUUAACCUCAAUUUCCGGGGGAAAGGGGAGAUUCCUAGUGAAUGGAGGAACUGCACAAAAGAGGAGGCCAUUGAGAGUUUAAAGAAGUACAUCUAA